UUAGAUGCUCGCCGUUUUCUUUUCAUGAAAAACUGAAAAUCUGUCGAUGUGCGAUGCUCGAUGCUCGAUCGCGAAAAGCGGACUACGCAUAAAAUUUCGUAAAUUCGUAUUUGGAAACAGACAGUCGCAAAAGAAAAACAAUCGUUCGCGCUAAAAAGUCGCAAGAUAACAAAAGGUGUAAUGCUUUUAAAAGGAUUGUCAAAAUAACAAAGUGCUAAAAAACUGUAAGGAGAUUGGCAUUAAAAUUGUACAAUCACAAGUAUUAGAAAUAGUUUUAGUUGAAAAAAUAGCAAUUAAAAAUUAUUACAAAAAUUGGACUAAAUAUUAUAAUCAAAAAAAUUUAAAUUUAAUAGCAUCACCGUUUAAAUAUCCAAACAUCUCAAAAAUCUGUGAAGUUAUUUAUAAAAAAAAAUAUCUAUAUAUUUUUGAUGUGAGUGAAAUCUUGGCAAUGCUUUGUAAAUUCUGAAGGCAGCAGUUCAAGUUCAAAUCGAAAACCAAAAAUCUAGCAACAACACCCCUCCGUAUUUACAUCGAAUAUACUUAUACAUAUGAGUACAUAAUAUAUAAAACACCAACACAAAUUCGCAAACAAAAAACAAAAAAAGUAAUUCGAAAAUUUAAGAAUAUAAGUAAUUUUAAGCUAAAUUAAAUACUCAAAGGAAUUAAGAAAAAUCUCUCAACCGAAGAGUGUCAAAUAUACGAAGACAAAAUAAAAUUUAAAAACAAAGACGUAUAAAUAUGUCGUCGCCCAGAAAUUCAAUAAAGAAGAAGAGCGCAUCAACAGCGACAAAGACGACAACAGAAAAACCGCUAACAAAGCAACCACCACCUGCUCCAGGGAGUAGAUAUACAAAGACUAAAGAACGAAUUGUUGAUGAUGUGCCUCUUCCACCCGCUCACAAACUCACCAUGGAUGAAGUUUAUGACACCAAAACUGGUAAGCCCGACUAUGAAGCAAUGCGAGCACAUUUUUUGUUAGAAGGACGCAUGGAAGAGGGCCCUGCGCUGCGUAUCAUCAACGAAGGUGCUGCCCUAUUACGCGCGGAGAAGAAUAUGAUCGACGUGGAAGCUCCGGUGACUGUUUGUGGUGACAUACAUGGUCAGUUCUUUGAUCUCGUAAAACUCUUCGAAGUUGGUGGUCCACCAGCGUCAACGAGAUAUCUCUUUCUGGGUGACUAUGUUGACAGAGGAUAUUUCAGUAUUGAGUGCGUGCUUUAUUUAUGGGCAUUGAAAAUUUGCCAUCCGACGACACUCUUUCUGUUGCGAGGCAAUCAUGAAUGCCGUCACCUCACCGAAUAUUUCACAUUCAAGCAGGAAUGCAAAAUUAAAUACUCUGAAGAUGUUUAUGAUGCCUGUAUGGAAGCCUUUGAUUGUUUGCCUUUAGCCGCGCUGUUAAAUCAACAGUUCCUUUGUAUACACGGUGGACUUUCGCCAGAAAUUUUCACUUUAGACGAUAUUAAAAAGCUGAAUAGAUUUAAAGAACCGCCUGCUUUUGGACCAAUGUGCGAUCUGCUUUGGUCUGAUCCACUGGAAGAUUUUGGUAAUGAGAAAAACAGUGAUUUCUUUUCCCAUAACUCAGUGCGGGGAUGUUCAUACUUUUUCAGUUAUGGUGCCUGUUGUGAAUUUCUACAAAAGAACAAUUUACUAUCAAUAGUGCGCGCACAUGAAGCACAGGAUGCCGGAUACCGUAUGUACCGUAAAAAUCAGGCGACCGGAUUUCCUUCGCUAAUCACCAUUUUUUCAGCGCCUAAUUAUUUGGAUGUCUACAACAACAAGGCAGCUGUACUGAAAUAUGAAAAUAAUGUUAUGAAUAUUCGGCAAUUUAAUUGUUCGCCACAUCCAUAUUGGUUGCCAAAUUUCAUGGACGUGUUCACGUGGUCAUUGCCAUUUGUGGGUGAGAAGGUGACAGAAAUGUUGAUGAAUAUACUUAAUAUUUGCUCUGACGAUGAGCUGGUGUGUGGCCCAGACGAUGAAUUGGAAGAAGAGCUCCGCAAGAAAAUUGUGCUCUUACCAAUGAACCCGAAUCCACCGCAACCAGCCCCGAAACCAGUUUCUGGAGUAUCAGCUCUACGUAAGGAAAUUAUACGUAAUAAGAUCAGAGCUAUUGGCAAAAUGUCACGUGUAUUUUCCGUGUUAAGAGAGGAAUCAGAAUCAGUGCUGGCAUUAAAGGGACUUACACCUACCGGUGCCUUACCAGUAGGUGCUUUGUCCGGCGGAAAGGAUUCUCUGCGUAAUGCGCUUCAAACAUUGGGCGCCUCCCAGCAAAUCACUUCGUUUGCAGAGGCAAAGGGCCUAGAUGCUGUUAACGAGCGCAUGCCACCGCGACGUCCAUUAAUGGUGGGUGGUGGCAAUAGUAAUGGUAAUAGCGGCAGCAAUACAACAGUUCACAACAACAAUGGUACUAACAAUACAAUUAGUAGCACAAAUAAAAAGAUUGUGAAAUCCACCACGGUGAGAACCACGACCACCACCACCACCUCAACUACCAACAAAUUUUAAUAGACUGUAGUUAAUAACUAAUUUUUUUACGUUGCCUUA